AUGUCCUCUCUUCAAAACAGAUUACCUGAUAUUGAAUAUACACCAUCUACAGUAAAAAUAGGCCUACAUAAACUUCUUAAUGAAAAUGUUUUAAAUUCACAUAUUCAAACUUCAGUUGAAAAAAUGACAAAAAUAACUUAUGAGGGAUCUACUUGCAAAUCUAAUAACCCUUUAUCUUAUAAAUACAAAUGA